AUGGGCUUCUUCACCGGCUUUGCCAGCGGCUUUGCCCUCACAACCUCAAUCCUUCUCAUCACCGUCCAAGUUCACCGCUCAAAUCGCAUCCAACAGCGCAAAGCUAUCAGCGCUCAGGUCGAACAAAUCAACUGGCUGACCUCUUCCAUUGGCGCCUAUGACCGCCGUAAUCUACCAGCAGAUGUCCCACGGCGGCGCCGUGAAGAGAUAGAGGCUCAAAACCCCUCAGUACCAACCAUGAAGGAGAUCUUGAAGCAAAAGUGGAACUCGGAACUCGAGGUCUUGACGCGCAAGGCUUACGAAACAAGGUGGGAGGAUAUGAGAGAUGCUGCUAUUGAGGGUUGGAAAGCUGCUGCGCGUGUUGUUAAACGGGAUUAA